AUGAUGGAUUUUGAGACAUUAAACGGUGAGACAUGUGCGCCAGAUAGACAGCGCCUGAUCUCGCCCAAACCCACCCGGAGGACCCUCACCCGAAACGACAGCCGCAGAAGGAUCGUUUUUACCCGACCACAACAGCCGAGAAAGAAGGGACUCCACGAGAUGUUUGAAGCUUCCGGGGUCCCGCUUGUCCUGCUGGAUGUGGGCUGUCUUGUUCUGGUUGGACUACCCUUUGCUAUCCUCACACCUCGGCACAGCCCCUUCAAGCGAGGAUUCUUCUGCAAUGACGACUCUAUCCGAUAUCCACUCAAAGAUGACACUAUAUCAUACCAGCUGCUUGGGGGAGUAAUGAUCCCAUUUUCAUUGAUAGUGCUUGUGUGCGGUGAGUGCCUUUCUGUUUACCUGUCCCGCAACAAGAACCAGUCUUCAGGGACCAGAUAUGUGGCGUGUGUCUAUAAAGCCAUCGGGAGUUAUGUCUUCGGAGCUGCAGCUAGCCAAUCGCUGACAGAUGUAGCCAAAUACUCCAUUGGACGAUUGCGGCCCCACUUCCUGGCUGUAUGCAAACCGCCCUGGGACAAGAUCAACUGUAAAGCCGGGGGUUACGUGGAAAACUUCACCUGUGCCGGAGAUCCUUUUCUGGUAGAUGAAGCCAGGCUUUCCUUUUACUCUGGGCAUUCCUCUUUUUCCAUGUACUGCAUGAUGUUUCUUGUUUUAUACGUUCAAGCUCGACUGAAAUCAAACUGGGCCAGGCUCCUACGUCCCACAUGUCAGUUUUUUCUGAUUGUGACUGCGGUUUACGUGGGCCUGUCCCGAGUGUCUGACUACAAGCACCACUGGAGUGACGUGUUGGCUGGACUCCUGCAGGGAGGACUAGUGGCCAUUUUGAUUGUUUUCUGUGUGACAAACUUCUUUGAGCAGCCCAUUAAACCAGUGGUGUCACAGGAGGAGGAGGAGGCCCGGCAAACCAGCUUACAAGAAAACCCAUUGCGAGAAAACCACUACGGAAGCACGGACUGA